AUGUCGGAUUCCGAAGAAUUGAACGAGCUUCCCGAGGAUGAGGAGGAGGAGGAUCUCUUCGGCGACGAGCCAGCAGACGAUCUUCAGGAGGACAGAAGUCGCGCCGGUAGCGUACGCGACGACGCAUCCGACCGUGAUGAAGGUGAUGGCUACGGUAGAGAUGACGAGGCCCCGUUGCCGACCGAUUAUGAGACGAAGGUCAUCGAGGCCGUUGAGAUGCAACGUCAUCGCACUCCCAAGUCGAAAGACCAGAGAUUACGAUCUCUACGCGUCCCCAAGUUCAUGAAGAUCAUUCCAACGAUUUACGAUCCCGAGACUUUCGAGCCUACCGAACACGAUAUUGAGAACGCCAAAGCCGACGUACCCAAGGCCGACAUCCGCGUGCGACGACAAGGAAACAAGCUGCAGAGCAACACCAUGAUUCACAGAUGGAGUGACGGCUCUGUGACUAUGACGGUCGGAGACGAGCAUUUUGAAGUCUCUACAAAGGCACUGGCCCCUGGACCCAACGAGCCAUACUCUGAGCUUCAGGAUGGACACUACUAUGCUGCUGCGGCGGAAUUGACCAGCAACUUUCUCAUGUUCGUUGGACAUGUCACCGAUCAAUACAUUGUGCGGCCCGGAAAGGAAGUGGCAGAUGAUGCGCUCGCCGCACUCGCCGAGCGCAUGGCGUCGAUAUCGCAAAAGCCUCAGGAGAAGGACAUGAUCAUCAACACCAUUCAGGACCCCGAGCUGCGCAAGAGACAAGCGGAGCAGGCGGAGAAAGAGCGCAUGAAGAUGCAAAGACGUCGCGAGACUCAGACCGCACGCAUGGAUGCUACCCGCGGAUACGGCCGCAGUGGAGGCCUUUCCAUUGGCGACCUCGAGGGUGGACGACGUGGCGGUGGUUCGCGCAAGAGAGGCAUGCCUGGCGCGCCGAAGCAAAAGAGAAGACGUCCCGAGUAUGACUCUGACGAUGAUCUACCUUCUGGCGCCCGCAGAGGAGACGAAUAUGAUAUGGAGGACGACUUCAUUGUGGCUAGUGACGACGAGGUCAGCGAGGUUGAACAUGAUGAUGACGAUGAGGAGCUCCUCGACGAGGCACCACGAUCCAAGAAGCGUCGGGUUUCGGAUGAUGAGGACGCUGAUGGAGAUGAUGAUGACAACAUGGAGCCAAGUGGUAGAGGAAGGCGCCGUCACGUUGUCGACGAUGACGACUCGGAGUGA